GUGACGUCAGCUACGGACAUAUUGGAUAUAUUAGCAGUAUUCACCAAUUCGUCUCAGGUGCUAUUGCUUCCAUUUCGCGUCCACGGAAUUAUUGUCUAUUCAAGAUGGGGCCAACGUUCGGGCCGCUGGUGAUAACCGUCCUCUUUGGACUGAUACAGACUUUGACUGCGACCGUGAAUGUUGACGAGAAGUUUGAGCCCAUGGUUGCCUUCAUGUGCAACAAGCCCGCCAUGCAUCGUGUGACGAAUGGCUGGGAGUACGACACCACAACCGACUGCCUGGAGAAGAAGACCGACAUCCUCCAGUACUGCCAACAGCUCUACCCUGAUCACGAGAUCACCAACAUUGUAGAGGCAUCAUACGAAACCAACGUCCCUGAAUGGCCAUCCAAGACUGGCAAGAGACACACCCACCAUGUCAGGCCGUACAGGUGUAUUGAUGGCCCCUUCCAAAGCGAUGCCCUUCUGGUUCCCCAGCACUGCGUGUUUGACCACCACCAUGACACCAGCAUCUGCCAGGAGUUCAAGAGCUGGAAUGACACAGCCAUCUCCAUGUGUAGACAGAGGGAGAUGGUGACCGAGAGCUUCGCCAUGCUGCUGGAAUGUGGCCUUGACAGGUUCAAUGGAGUCGAGUUCGUCUGCUGCCCGAAAGGAAAAACCACUGAUGGCAAGCCUGUGCCUCUGGUGACCCACAGUGAUGAGGACGACUCGGAUGAGGACUCGGACUCGGACGAGGAGGAUGACUCCACCGAAACUAAGAGUCACGAACACAAGAAGACUCAGGCAGCCAACAAACCAUCCUUGGAGAACGUGUACCGUGACUAUCUCAAGGGUCUCAAGAACGGCUUUAAGAAUGAGCACGAGUGGUACCUCAGUGCCCGCAAGUUCAUGCGCAAAGACCAACAGUCUAAGAUCACCAAGCUGAUGAAAGAGUGGCAGGCAGCCAGAGAACAUGUUGCCGAGCUGAGGAAGACUGACCCCAAGAGUGCCCAGACCCUCAGUCACGAGAUCACAGAGAGAUUCCAGCGCCUGUACGAGUCUUAUGAGCAAGAGGAUCUGGCAGAGAAGAAGCAGAUCGUGGCAUUGCACCAGCAGCACAUCCAGGGUGACCUCAACAAACGCAAGCGUCUGGCCAUCGAGAAGUUCCAGACCGCCCUGCAGGAGGACAAGAGGGAUGCCCACAAGAUUUUGAAGUACCUGCGUGCCUAUUUCCGUGCUGAGGAGAAAGACAAGAUGCACACCGUGAACCACUACCAGCACGUCAAAUACACCGAGCCCACUGAACUCGAACGCAUCAGGCCACACUACAGGGAACACAUCAAGCUGAUUGACGAGAGACUCAACCAGACACUCGGGAUGCUCUCCAGAUACCCAGACGUCGAGAAGGAUGUCAAGCCAGAGAUCCUAAAGUUUGCCCUGAGAUACAGAGCCGUCGAUGCCAGCGCGCCAAGAACGUCAUCCUCAACGACAACACUCAGCCUCAGCAGAGUGCUGAUGACUACAACUACAAUAACCAAGAUGACAACAAGAGCUCCAGCGAGGAGAAGAUGGAUGAGACCCACGAGGAUGAACAUGCGUACGAGCACAAUGACCACUUUGUUGCCCACGUUGUGGAUGAGGGCAUGCAUGUCGAUGACCGAUCUGUACAGGAAGUGGCCAUUCACGGAAUGUCCAACCAGGUUGGAAGUACAUUUGGCAUUGCUAUCGGCAGCGUGGCCGUCUUCGUCAUCAUCGUUGUCGCCAUUGUUAUGCUGAGGAGGAGGAACCAUCGCCAACCCGUAACCCACGGUUACGUAGAGGUGGACCCGGCAGCAUCACCAGAAGAGCGCCAUGUUGCAAAUAUGCAAAUGAAUGGGUACGAAAACCCCACUUACAGAUACUUUGAAAUGUCGCAGACGUCACAAUGAAAGUAGUGCAAGUUGUGCUUGAGUACAGAUAUGUAUGGGCGGCGGCAUCUCAAAACACCAAGUAAAACAGCUGCGGAUAUCAUUACCAGCAAACUACUAGUCUUCAGUUAGAGCCAGACCCGAUGUUGUUCCUUGCAACUGCCUUCCUGCCACCACAAAACUGCGGCCGCCCAAAUGUGAUUGCUAAGCGUUCGUGACUGAAUCAAAUUGAGACGUGUUGUGCAGCUUACAAAACAACCUGUAGUUUUAAAUCACAGGAAGACUUUGUGUUCAGUUUAAUAAGACUUGAUUAGGGCUCGUUUCCGUGUUAGUGACUCAGUUCUACGAUGUUUUACAAUGACAUUUUAUUCCACAGUAAUGGAAAUAGUAUCCUACAAAAUAGCGUACAGUUUAUCCAAUCGUAGGAUUGAUGCUGGUGUUUUUAUCAGAUUAGUGGCACUAACAGCAUUUACGUUAAGUCGAUUCCUAAAGCCAUGUUAAAAUAAUUGGAUGUCUGUACAGUGGUUGUGUUCUAUGUAUCCACUUUUGAAUAACAGCUUUUUUAAGUGUACUAUUCCUUUGACAGAUUAUUAUCGUAGAUCAUUAUCUGACAAUUUAGAUCCUUGUGAUGACAUAGUUAUUGUACCUGUUAUCAUACUUGCUUAUUUUAAUGCCAUUCUUGUAUAGUGUUCAAUAUUUUGUAUAUUGCCGAAGUGUGUACCCAGAUGGUGGAGUUUGAGCUUGGUAGAUUCCUUCCUUUCAACACAACAGUUGUGCAAAUUAAUUGUCUUGUACACAGAUUUUUUGAUAUUGAGCAAUAUAUGUGUGUCCUUUGCUUCUGUGACGUAGGUCAUGGACAAAUAUUCAUUGAUUAGUUAGGCAAGGUAGAUACUCUGUCAUCGUGUUGUGAUGUCCGAAGUAGAAAUCUCCCUGACAGACAACCUCGACCAAGAUUUCGUGAAAAAUGGUGUUAAGAGUACUUCGUAGUUUAAAACCAAUUACACACAUUCACCAAAAGGUAGUGCUAAGGAAGACAUAUAUGUUUCUGACUGAUAUAUAAUCCCAAAUUUCGUUUCCGAUUGUAUUUGGUCGUGGUGUUGGAGCAGUUGAACUAUACUCAAAGUGUUGUGUGUUGGUCGUGGUGAUCUGAUUGUAGUAGUUCUUCGACACUGUGUACAGUUGACAUCAAUCACUGUUGCCCAGCCUAGAAAUCAACAUGCUCGCGUAUUUGGAUUCACAGUCGCUUGGCCAAAUCAUAAUUCAUCACUUAAGGAAUACUGUCUUUUUUAGCACUUGCGAGAAAUUAUUUUCAAAUUUUGGCGAAAAUUGAAUGAAGCGGAGGAAUUUCAUUGGUUCAUGUUGGCCUCCCAUGUUAUAAGAAUUUUGGAUCGAGAGUUUAAAUUGACAGUAUUUUUUCAACUUAACUGCUGCAGGCUAGAAUAUAAACAUUUAUGUGUGUCGCAUGCGUCACACGGAAUCAUUCACAGAUAUGUGUUAUCUUAUGUUGUAUCAUGUUUCAAGUGGAUAUUGUUCUCAUUUGUUGUGUGUUCCCUGUCAAGCCUUUGUUUGUGCAUGGAAGAGGGACCCAGACAAGCUGUUGGUUAAGAAAUAGGCUGACACCAAUGUAUGCAAAUAGACGUUCUACAAAGUCUUAAUUAAUAAUCAAUUUAAUUAAUCAGGAAAGUCCUACAAUGUCUCGUCAGGAAAACAGUAUCAAAAUAAAAAAAAUCUGCAGGUAAUUUUCAAAUUCAGCUGCAAAAUUGAACUGACAGAUUGAAUUUGUGUCUUUUUUAAUACUUAAUGAAUUACUUUCAAGAAGGUUGUGAAAUGUUAAUUGCUCCGAGUUUCAGGGACCAAGUCCAUAUUGAGAUUUGUAGAUCAGUUCAUGUAAACUCUUGCCAGCAGGCCAGAGACAAAUAACAUUAUGUGCGGGUAAGUGAUUGUCAUGAAUAUAUGACAAGGCAAGUGUUUGGGUGAACUGCAUGGUCGAGGAGCGUCCCCUUUCCUACCUACACCUGCUAAACGUGCAAGUACAUUUUAUUUGACAAGAGUGGCUGCUGCUCUCGAGCUCAUUCUAUUACAGCAGGUGCCCCUUGUAAUGGGGGUCGUGUCAAUAGUUCAAUUGUCAUUUUGUAAAUAAAGUUGAUUUGAAAAAUCUUGAACAUCAUGGGAAUGAGAUGUACUCUUGUGUUGUACCAAGAUCAGUCAAAUUACUUGUGAUUUUGAAAUGAUGACAACUUGAGAUACGGUCCCUAAAAUUUCGACAUUCCAAUAAAUCUCUCUGCCUGUUGACAUUCCCACCGAGUUCCAGCCCUGUUUCAGGAAUCAAAUGCUGAGAUUAAUUUUAAAGGACACAUUAAUGGUAGGGACAGCAUGUACAAUUGUCCAGGCAGUCGAGGGAAACAGCCAUUCCAUUCUAACGUGUUGAUAAUUGGUACUAAUUUAUGUAUACCUUCUAUGGCAACAUUUUGUAUACACAACAUUUAGUCUUUCCAUUCAUAUUUAGUCUGCUUGUGUACAGUGUCUUCUUUAAAUAAACACAUUUCCACAA